AUGAAUGAUAAUAGCAGGUCUAGUACAGAGUCUCCUGAGUAUUCCGGACUUGCUACUCCUAUUCCACAUAAACCAUCACAAUCCGUAUUGACUGGGAAACACAUUAGCUUUCAAGAGCCCACUUCUUCAUGCCAUUCGCCCAAGCCUAGUCUUGAUGCCAAAUGUCAAAUGUUGAAGAGUCCGGAAUUAAAAGCUCAUACUAUGAAUUCUCAUGGUAAUGAAUUGGAAGGGAAAAAUAAUGGUACUACUAAGAAAGAUGAUCAAUUACCUUCAUUGUCAAUUAAGAAGGAUCCGAAUUUGAAAUCUUGUUUAUCACCACCACAGGAUUAUGAAAUGACCCCGUCAAACUCAUCUUUGGAAGAGAAGAGACCUUCAUUUGAGGUUGGAGAUGAUCCUUUCAGUCCUAAUAAACAUGGGAUUCUUCAAAUCAAUAGAUCGGGUAAAGCCACCCUGCCAUCAGAUGAAGAUUAUGCCCAUUCCCAUUCCCAGACUCCGCUUAUAUCAGAUAUUAAUAGUGGGAAAUCCAGUAAAACAACUUCUCCCAAGAUAAUCUCACCAAAAGUAAUUUCUCCCUUUGCUAAAGACGUGACAACUAAUGAUUCAAUUCCAACUUCUCCAAUGACAGAAGAUUCCGAUGAUAAAUUACAUUUACUAAUUGGUAUAACUGGUUGUAUAUCAAUUCAUCAUAAUAUAUUUCUUAUAAUUGAAAAAUUAUUUGAGUUAUACACCAAAGACAAAUUAGAAAUUCAAGUCAUUUUGACCAAGGCUGCAGAAUGGUUUUUGCAUGACAAACUUCAUAAGUUUGAAACUUUAGGGGUUAAAGUUUGGUUUCACGAUGAUGGUGAAAAACACUAUUUGACUGGGAAUAUUGAUGAACAUAAAUUUAAAAAUAAUUCAAAAAAUUUCACCAAAUUGACUCCUUCAAUUUUAAAUCAAUAUGUUUUGGCUUACGAGCUUCAAAAAUGGACUGAUGUCUUAUUGAUUGCUCCAUUAUCUGCUAAUACUUUAUCUAAAUUGAUUAAUGGAUUGGCUGAUAAUUUAUUAACUGAUGUUUUACAUAUUUGGCCAGCUUCAAAUACUCAUUUAACUUUGGAUAAUCCCGAAAAACAAGAUUCAACAGUCAUUACAAAUACGUUGGCAUCUUCCAAACCAAUUGUGGCAGCAUUAGCAUUAACCAGUGCAAUGUAUGCUCAUCCAAUUACUAAGAUUCAAUUGGGUUUACUACAAGAAAGUUAUCCAAACAUGAGUAUUUUGAAACCAGUGGAGAAGUUUGUAGAAGAUGGUCAAAUAUCAAUGGGUGGAAUGAGAUCAUGGCGUGAAGUUGUUGAUUUCGUUCUGAAAAAAUUGGGUGAACCAGUCGAUGACAUUGAAGAAGACGAGGAAGAGGAGCUAAUGGCUGACGAAGGUGAGAAUAGCAGUGAAGUUGGUAAAGUAGAAGUUGAAAUCGACGACGACGACGACGAUGAUGAUGAUGAUGAUGAUGAUGAUGAUGACGAUGACGAUGAUAAUGAUGACGACAAUGAUGAUGAGAAUGAUGAAAAAAGUCCUAUAUCCAAACUUACAUCCGAACCCAAGCUGGUAACAACCCCUAGACCCAUUAGAGCCGAUUCUAUCCGCUCGCAAGCGUCUGCCACCCACGUCAAAACUUCUUUAACCAACAAGGAAUUGAAUGCACAUACCAAGAUUGCAUCUCAAAACGCAAUCAUCAAUUCUGGUAUCUUCAAAGCAGGACCAAACCACGAGCCAGGACCACAGUCCAAAAUCAGCGAUUCUGAGAAUCCACCGUUCACUUCUAAAUUCUCUGCAUGA